GACAUGAGGUUCGGGGACACCUGUCAGGCGGGCUACACAUCCAGGAGCUGUAUUUGAGGAAACUAGAGACUGGAGGUUUGGUCAUGGAUACGCUGUUGUCGCUUUUAUAGCCUCUGUUUAACCAAGGAGUGUAAAGUUAUCCUGCUGCCUUCUUGUUUUUCUUUGUCUUGGUCUUUUGGGGGGUUUUCUUCUAAGCCGCAUGAGUUCGCAGCUGUUUUUAGGUCAGCUGGUAGGGGUUCCGUUAGAAAUAAUGCACCCCACCAUGGAGAAAGACACGACCUACACUAAGAUCUUCGUCGGUGGACUGCCUUAUCACACCAACGAUGCUUCACUUCGGAAAUAUUUUGAGACUUUCGGGGACAUCGACGAGGCGGUGGUGAUCACGGACAAACAGACCGGCAAGUCCAGAGGAUAUGGCUUUGUGACCAUGGUGGACAGAGGGGCAGCAGAGCGGGCUUGCAAAGACGCCAACCCAAUCAUCGAUGGCAGGAAGGCUAAUGUGAACCUGGCGUACCUGGGAGCAAAGCCUCGUAACUCACAGACAAGUCUCUCUGUUGGAGUGCAGCAAGUCCAUCCUACGUGGGCUCAGAGGCAAUAUGGGUUUGCCCAGCAGUACGUCUACCCCCAGGCGUUCCUCCAGCCCAGCCUGGUCCUCCAGUCCCAGCUCAGCCCUACAGCAGCGGCACUGGCCUCCCCCUACCUGGACUACAGCUCUGCAUACAGCCACUAUGCCCCCACAGGACUAGAGCAGUACCCCUACACCCAUUCACCCUCGCCCUCGGCUGGCUACCUCAGCUACAGCUUCACCCCUGGGAAUUCAGCGCCCGCUCUUACCACAUCUCCAACCCCAUCAGCUGCCAUCCACCCUCCUCUGGCUGCACUCACCACCCUGUCUGCCGCCCCCCAGGCCAUCCUCCACUACCCUCUCCACCAGCCCGACCGCAUGCAGUGAGCAGCCCCACGUGGAGCUGGAGCUGCCAAGCUGAUGGUUUAAAACAGUGUGACUGUUAAACUGUGACAUCAUCAGGAUGAGACUGGACUACCAGGAAGAGAGUGUGUUGUAAUCAAAGGGCUUUUAGAGAGCACUCUCAUUCCUGUUUUUAUAUAUACAUUAUUGUUUUAAUAGUUAAUGAAAAUGUUACAUUCAUCAGCGUAUGAUCUGAAUGUUUUUCAAAAAUGUCAGAAGUCAGGGAACAGAAUGAGACAAUAAUCUACUGGACAUUUUAGUGCUGAGGUCGGAGGCAUGCUGUCUGCUGGAGGGUGGCCGGGUAAAGACAAUAAGAAAUAUGCCUGUUUGACAUGAUGCUGCGGCUGCAGUUUCUCCAAAGGUACUGGGCUGAAUGCUGGAUAUCAGCCAAGCUGAGAGCUACUUCCUUUUUCAGAAACACUGGUCCAAUAACCUUCUUCUUCAAGGUUACCUUUCUGUCUAUGGCCUUAGAGAUCUCUCACUCUCUCUGUACCUUCUUUACUUUGGGUUCUUCAUUUUUAUCCUUUGGUCUUAAAAUGGUAAAAUAUUCUUUACAGCUCCCCUAGUUUUGUGUCAUCGCCUGCUGGCAAGUCAUUGCACAGUGAUAAUCACACUUUAAAUUAAUAUGCUAUUAUAAUGAGAAAAGGUGACCAAGAAUAAGGUAGAAAACACUGGCCUUCAUUGUUUUUGUAAUACUAUUGCACCAUAGCUAUGACACAAGAGUCCCACAGCUGCUUAUUAGGCUUUUCUGACUGGUUAAUUUUGGAUUCGGUCUUUGUGACUGUUUGGUUUUGUCAAAAUUUAAUUACAAAUUUAUCAGUACAUAUCAGCUAAAUGUGUUUGUAGGUGCGAAGAUGUGAAAAUGUGAGUGUAUUUGUCGUCUGUUUCUGUGUGUGUGGUUGAAUGAGUAAGAGAAAUAGAGCGAUGCAGUAUACCCCAGUGUCAGGACCAAGCUCCUUCCCAGUCCAUUGUACUGGUCAGAGUUGUUUCUUUGUUCUUCUUUUCCCAGCAGCAACAUUCAGAUGGAUGCUUUUGUAAUGAUGAUAAGAGGCUCACACUGCUUUGGCAAAACUUUCGUAGUCACCAUGACAACUAACAAAUA